AUGAAGAAUAUGAAGAAAAACGAAUGGAAGGAAUUGGGCUCUGGGGCCUUGUCGAUUGUGCAAGGGUACCAAAGAAGGCUGUCCAGAAAGGCUCAAAGCAUCUUUUUCAUGGCUUUGAUGUUUCUUUCUUUUAUUUUCCUCUAUAAAAAAUAUUUUUUUGUUUGGAGAGGCAAGGAGGACCGGAGAAUGGAGAAGAUGUGCUUGGAUUUCAUAAACAAGAGGGUUGAUAAGUGUCUGCAGCACAAGUCGAGGUACGACCAGAACAAGGAGUUUGCAGCGAUCAAGACGCAUCUGCCUCUCGUCCCGUUGAAGAUGACGCGGUCGAAUGCUGUUUUUCUGUACACAUACAAGAAGCCGUAUGUUGUUAUCAAGAGAUGCAUUGCGCCGGAGUCUCCUGGGCUGGCUGAGGACGAGAUACUGAUGUCUCUUCACCAUGAGCAUGUUGUGAAGUUUUUGAAGUCGUUCAGGGAAAAGUAUGUGAACCUGAAGGGGGAGGAAGAAACGAUUAUCUGGAUAUUUAUGGAGCAUAUGGACCACAAGGUAUCCCAGGAUGUUGUGAAGGGGAACGAGAAUAAGAUAAGAGAGAUUACCAGAGGGAUACUGCAUGGGCUCAAGUAUCUUCACGGAAUAGGGAUAGCACAUCUCGAUCUGAAGAUCUCGAAUGUCAUGGGAAAGGAAGGAAAGGAGGGGAUUGUAUAUAAGAUUAUUGAUUUUGGGUUUGCUAGAAAGUUUGAUCUUACGGGGGACAAUGCAGAGAUUCAGAUUCCUUCGAAAAGCUUUGGAACGUAUCCAUACAAGCCGCCGGAGACGUCGCAGCUGAACAUGCAUGGCGUGAAGGGAGACAUAUGGUGCCUGGGUGCCAUAGUGUGGUUUCUGUCGCGGAAGCAAACACCUUUCUACUUUGAUGACGGGCGGAAAAACCUAGAGGAGUGGAGGAUGUUUAUCCGAGGAAGACUGCCCAUUUCCUUCAAGCCCCAUGCAUCACCUGCACUGAGAGACUUUGUUCGGAAGUGCAUGAAUUUUGAUAGAUUUGCAAGGCCCAAUGCCUCUUCGCUUCUCGAACACCCGUUUAUCACCGGGGCGCCAAUGAAGGUAACCGAGGAGGAGAUAAAUGAAAUGAGCGAGGACUUUUCGUCCAGCUCUGGAUACAGCAGCAUGGAAUCUGGGGAAUAA